CACUCCCCACCCAAUGCCAGGUCCUGCUCUGGCUAAGGGAAGAGGACACUGACACACACACAUAUAGACACCAGAUCUCGGAAGAGAACUAAACAGCCACUUUUGUUCACAUACUAUAAACCUUGCUGAGCAUAACUGGACUAAGAAACUAUUUUUCACACAGAUUGUGAGGAGUUACUUAAUUUUUAGUGCCUACUUUAUGUGGGAAGGAGGAGAGACUGUUUCACAAGAAGUAAACAGCUGAGAAAGACUGUCAUCAUGAAGUUACAUGUGGCACUAUUUUUUGCUGGGAUGUUUGGUGCCUUGGCAACUCUUUUCAUUCUCUUGUCUUUUGGCACAGACUAUUGGCUCUUGGCAUCAGAGACCUGCAAUUCACAUUCAAAUGGUCCGGUUUCUUUGCAGCGAGGUGAUAUUCGGGUUAACCAGGGUCAGGACCAAUUUAGUGAAGACCAGGACAUUACCUUUCAUCAUGAGGGCUUCUUUUGGCGCUGUAGCUUUAAUGAAAUCAUGAACGAUGAUGAUCUGUGGAAGUUCUGGUUUGAAAAUCAGCAACAUGCGAGGGAAUGCAAACCUGCAUAUCUUCUUCCCUUUCCAUUCCCUGACCAGAUCUACAACGCUACCAGUUAUCAGACUGCCAUAAUCUACAGAGGCUUCUGGAGCGUCUCUAUGUUGCUGGGUGUGGCUGCUGUGGUGGCCGGCGGUUUCAUUAUUAUUUGCGCAGCUCCAUUUGCCAAUCAUCGCCUUUAUAAAGCAGGAGGUGGACUCUACCUCAUUUCUGGUUUCUUCCUUCUCGUUGUCACUGUUAUGUAUGUGUUCUGGUUAGAUGUGUUGGAUGUAAUAAGCUCAUAUAAGGAAUAUCAGAAGAUGAAUAAGUGCCUUGAUUUUGAGCUCAGUAUGAGUUAUGGCAUCUCUUUCAUGUUUGCUCCUGUAGGCGUGUUCUUCUGUCUUCUGUCUGGUCUUCUCUUCCUAGUGAUUGGCCGUACAGUCCAACAUCAUUGUAACUGAACCUCACAAUUGCUCAAAAUGCAUUAAAGUGACAGUUCACCCCAAAAUGAAAAUUGUCAUCAUUUACACACCCUCAUGUCACCCUGUAUAAAUUUCUUUCUACUGUUGAACACAAAAAAAUAUAUUUUGAAGAAUGUUUAUAACCAAACAGUUGACGGUAGCCAUUGACUUCCAUAGUAUUUUUUCUUCUUCUCCAUUACUAUGAAUGUCAAUGGCUGCUGUCAACUGUUUGGUUACCAAAAUUAUUCAAAGUAUGUUUUCAUUUUUGGGUGAACUAUCCAUUUAAUUAUCUGCAAUUCAACUCUGAGGAUGCGCUGACUUAAAGGGGUCAUAUGAUACGAUUUCAAAUUUUCCUUUCUCUUUGGAGUGUUACAAGCUCUUGGUGAAUAAAGAAGAUCUGUGAAGUUGCAAAGUCCCAAAUCCAAAGAGAUAUUCUUCAUA